GAAACAGACAGGCUGGGCAAGCCGACUACAGCGAGUGUCCGUGGGAUAUAUGCUGCUCACCCUUCUGCAACACCUAUUAUUUCUCCCCCGCAACGAUUCGGUCUUAAAGAUACGUCAAAGUGAGACUCUAUGACAGCGCUGCUCGCUCUCUAUGGUUUAUAGAGCCACAGAUACAACUUUACCCUCCUGGAUACACGAGAACGUACGAGAUAGAAGCAUUUGGUAGAAAUUUAUUCAUCCGUCGGUGGAUAUUUGGUUGUUGAGGAUGAUUUUUGCAAAUUCUGGCCACACAGUGAGGACAUCGCAUAAUCGUAAACAGCCUCCUGUUGGCCCCGCCUCCCACCCGAUGGCUCCGCCCAGUCCUGGAACCAACAGCAGCACCAAUCACAGCAGCAGCAGCAGCACAGCCGGCUGGGAGCAGCUCAGUAAAACGAACCUCUACAUUCGUGGUUUACCACCAACCACCACCGACCAUGACCUGGUCAAGCUCUGCCAGCCAUAUGGAAAAAUCGUAUCAACCAAGGCCAUCUUAGACAAAGCCACAAACAGAUGCAAAGGCUAUGGCUUUGUGGACUUUGACAGCCCUGCUGCUGCUCAGAAAGCCGUCAGCGCUCUGAAGACCAGCGGAGUUCAGGCUCAGAUGGCAAAGCAACAAGAGCAGGACCCCACUAACCUGUACAUAUCUAACCUACCGCUGACCAUGGAUGAACAGGAGUUAGAGGCCAUGCUGAAGCCCUUCGGACAGGUCGUCUCCACACGCGUCCUGCGAGACACCAACGGGGCCAGCCGAGGGGUCGGAUUUGCGAGGAUGGAGUCGACGGAGAAAUGUGAAGCGGUCAUCUCUCACUUCAACGGGAAAUUUCUCAAAACCCCAGCUGGUGUUCUGGCCCCAUCAGAACCCUUGCUGUGCAAGUUUGCGGACGGAGGCCAGAAGAAGCGUCAGAGUCUAAAUAAAUAUGUGCAGAACGGACGAGCCUGGGCCAGAGACGGAGAGACCAGACUUACUGGCAUGACACUCACAUACGACCCCACCACAGCUGCUAUGCAAAAUGGAUUCUAUCCGACCGCCUACAGUAUUACAAACAGAAUGAUCACACAGACCCCCAUUUCUCCAUACAUCUCCCCUGUGUCCACAUACCAGGUACAGAAUCCAUCCUGGGUCACCCAUCAGCCCUACAUCUUGCAGCAUCCGGGAGCAGUGAUAUCGCCCUCUAUAGAUCACUCCAUGUCUCUGCAGCCCGCGUCCAUGUUGGGUCCUCUCACUCAGCAGAUGAAUCACCUCUCUCUGGGCAGCGCAGGAACGUUUAUGCCAGCCAAUCCAGCUCUCCAGGGGCCGUAUAUCCCUCCAUACACUCACAUGCAGACCACCGCCGUCUCAGUAGAGGAGAACAGUCCACAACCUCCGGUGGAAUCGUCCAGUGAUCAUUCACCUUAUACCUAUCAGCAGGCCAAGUGAUGAAGAGGGUUGUCGGGGUUCGAGAGAGAAGGAGACGACUGCUAAAUCAAUAACAGCUUCCUUUGAAGGACCGGCUCUACCGAUGAAUCGACAUUUUGCACAGGUUCUACGAUGAGAUCCUCGGUUUUAUAAUAAAACUACUUCAACUAUUUUGGUAUAAGUUCCAUUAGGUGCAAAUCAAGGAUUCAUUUCAUCAGAGGAUGCUGACAAAGAAAACACAAAUGAAAUGGGAAGAAAAAGUUUUAUUUUACUAAAGAAACAACGCUUAUUUUUUACCAAGGAUCGUCACAUAGAUGCAGGAACUUCUUAUUUUUAUGAUUUCAGAUUUGUUUUCUCUCUCUCUCUCUCUCUCUUUUCUUUUGUACUGAAACAGACUUUCGUUUUUAGAGAUUUAUCAGCCGGACAUCCUGAGAAAGAUUGCGUUUGUGCUUGCGGUGUGAGUGUCGUUGAUGUGUUUUUGUCGUGUGCUUCAUCUUCGGUCUGACCGAUCUGUCCGUCUUAUACGAUUUGCCUUAAACUCUUUCCUGUACAGUAGCCGAAGAAAAGAGGUCUGGCUUCUGCCUUGUAAAUCAGCUGAAUAGGGCUUUUUUAGCAUCUCGCAAAGGAACAUUUCCGCCGCGCUUGGAUUUCGGUGUUUUGCUUUUUCCGAUCUUUUAGAGUACAAACCGUUUCGAGUGAUAACGUUGAUGGAGUUUUAAUAGGAUUUAAUGUUUUUAUAAUCAGAGGUGACGACGAGCCUUUGGUUGUUUGAAUGUGGUAGAAAUUCUGCUGAACGAUCACAUUUUUGAUAAUUGCCUUUUCGUUUAUAAAUCUCGGUGUUGUAGUUUAGCUUUAGAAGAACUCGUGUGGGAGGGGGAGGAGCUUUGACUCGUAUUCUAAUGAGGGGGCGGGAGGGAAGCGUGGCCUGUCAGUCAACUUUCAGCAGCGGGCUUCUUCGGGAGAGGUGAACGUGUAGAUUUUAGUGCUCGUUUUACUAUAGCAGGCAAACAAAUCUCAGCACUUUCAAGUUUACUUCACCAAAGACAGUCGGCGAGCGGAUCGCGCGGACGUGACGUAGUUUUCUCUCGAGGCGGGCCACGCUGAGACUUUAUAACAGACUGGGUUGCAGUUGUGGAGAAUGUGCCUUCUUUGUACAUAUGCAUUCAGCUGUCUUUAGUUGGCGAGGUGCGGACACCGAUUUGAAGGAUGAUUUGGAUCCAGCAAGUGCCACAUACUAAACGAAGACAUCACUACAGAGCGGAGACAACUGAAACUAAAACGCGGAACUAGGACAGGUUGAAACGACGGCUCCGUUCCGAAACCCUAGUGAGCUGCCUACAUAGGCUGCUGCCUUCUAAGGGAGCAUCAUAAUUCAUUAAUGCAUCAUACAAAUAGACUUUUGCAUUGGCACGCUUGCAGUUAAAUUACAGUACAAAGCACAGAAAAAUAUUAGUUUUUAAUUAGAAUCAACUAUUUUGCUGCUUUUCUGUGUUGAAUAAAUUCUUAGAGUUUUUGGAUGGCUUUUCACUCGAAAUGCAUUAUGAAUUUGCCUUCUCAGUGAAGGAUGCUGCCUUAGAAUUUGGCAAAAGUAGUGCACUUACUGUCUAUGCACCGUAUUUUGCGGAAAGUCGCACCGGGUCAAAAUUGCAUUGUUAAGAGAGAAAAAACACAGAUAAGUCAGUUUUAUUGUUACAUUCUGAAAUAAUGUAAAA